UUACAUUUAAGGCAGGCCAACGGAGUCAAUGUAUACUCGUGCAUUUUCGUACGGAAUCGACAGAGACAUUUCUUUGCUGUCAUUUGCAACCGAACUUCUUCCACCACCUUGUCCAGCAGCCGUUUGCAGACUGGCUUUAUGUCUGGCAGGUCUGCGUUUGAGUGCGCCUGCGCCAUCGCCAUCUUAUUAACCUCCUCAGUCAUCCAAAUUUGAGAGGUUGGCCGUGAGGGGUAUAUGUAGACCAAGAGCAACAGAAGGGAAACGACAAGCUAUAAGGAUAGUUGGCGAUUGGGGUUAUCUAGUCUUGUGGUGUAAGAAUACUAGUUGUUGGGACUGGUGAUAUAGUAAUAUACAGUAUUCCUAGAGUAAAAGAUUUUUUAAAUGAUGCAGCUGAAUGGUUGUCAGUAAUGGAGGUCUUCUGUUGCUGUUCUCUGUGUAUAUUAAUGGUUAUGUCUUUCAGUACCAGGAGCUGUUAAAAGUGUAUAUGUGCCUUAGCUGCUGCAGACAAGUUUCAAUAUUUUAAUUGACCGGCCUUUUCAAAGACCGAUUGUGUGACCGCUAAAUUACCAAGUAUUUGAUGGAUGUUGAAAACACUGAAACAAUUAUAUUCCGAAUUGAUCCGCUAUUUUUAACCUGUUAAAGUGGCGUGCAUCGAGAGCCUCUGUUUUUGCAAACCCACAUACAGGUUUUCGGUCUUUCCUGUAAAAUUACUUCUGGAAACAAUAAUUAACUUAGAGAAAAUGCUUCAGCCAGAUUCUGCAGAUGCAACUGUUAGGAAGAUGGCGCACCCGGCAAUGUUUCCUAAAAGGGGUAGUAUCACUACUCCUGUUACUAGCGCAGCUGGUACCGUUGUUAGUAGUAUUUUAGCUGAGGAUUAUGCACCACCGUUAAUAAUACAGCCCCCUCCUGUAGCAACAUCUUCUCCAGGAAUAUUGCAUCCCCCUCCGCCUCAGAGUUUAAACAUUCAGUCCCUGCAGCAGUCUGGAGCUCAGAAAAAGAAAAGUGGUUUCCAAAUCACUAGUGUCAUUCCGGCUCAGAUUUCUGCAAGUAUGAGUUCAAAUAACAGUAUAGCAGAAGACACGGAAAGUUACGACGACUUGGACGAGUCACACACAGAAGACCUGUCUUCUUCUGAGAUAUUGGAUGUUUCUUUGUCCAGGACUACCGAUUUAGGAGAACCGGAAAGGAGUUCAUCUGAGGAAACUCUAAAUAACUUCCAAGAGGCGGAGACCCCCGGGGCUAUUUCUCCAAAUCAGCCUCAGCACCAUCUUCCUCCCCAGAAUGUUAUGAUUAAUGGAAGUGCUCAACAUCACCACCACCACCAUCCCCACCAUCAUUUGCAUCACCAUCAUCCUGCACUUCAGCACCCAAUUCAUUCAGGAGUUAUAGUUGGACCUCCAAAAUUAGUUGGCUCUGUUGCUGGUGGGCUUUUCCAUAUACCAACAGAAAGUGGUGACAGUACUGAUGUUUCAUUGCCUAAUAUGGUUUCAUCCAUCGCACCAGCUUCUGUGACUUCAAAUUUUGCCACUAUAGGAGUAGCAGGUACUAAUGCAGGUGGGAAUGCUGUUUCUGGUGAUAGUGUGAAUAUGGGCAACAUUGCCACGAGUGAUUCAAACAUCACAGGUGUGAGUGGUGUAGGUGGUAAUCUAAGAAGUAGUAGCCUUGCAUGCAUUAGCACAACUGUCAGCAUCCCUGCUACUGUUAAUGUAAAUACUGUGUGUGGAACAAUUAGUGGCCCCUCUAACAUAGUUACUAAUGCAAGUGCAGCAGCAGAUUCAAGAGCACCUACAGUGCAGCAACCUACUGCGGUUGGAUCUAGGUUUAGAGUGGUGAAACUGGAUUCCCUUUCUGAGCCUUAUAAAAAGGGUAGAUGGACUUGCUCUGAAUUCUAUGAUAAAGAGAGCACAACCACUGCUUCUGAAGGAUUAAGUGUCACCAGAGUUGCAGACAGUAUACGACCGAUUCCAGUUGAUGCAACCUCUGAAAGGGAGAGUACCAGUGGGAGUUCUGUCAGCAGCACAGUGAGUACACUUAGCCAUUACACAGAAAGUGUUGGUAGUGGUGAAAUGGGAGCACACAGUGUUUUACAGCAGCAGAUUCAAGUUAUGGGGACUCAACAGCAGGAUUUCAGUGGCUGUUCAGGUAUGCAAGUGCCUAGUAUAACACAGAGUGUUUCCCAGUCACAACUUGCGCAAAUGCAGUUGCAUUCUCAAGAAAUGGCUAGUGCACAACAGAAACCAACCACUUUGCCUUCUGGACAGCAGGCAGCUAUGAAUACUGCAAAUGUGGCGUUACCUUCAUCAUUAAUUCCCCAGCAACCUAUUUUACCUACAGCCAUUCCAGCAGCACAACAGCUAUCGUACUCCCAGCAAACUCAACCUGUUCAAGCAAUGCCCUCUGUGUCUCAGCAACAGCUCCCGUAUACAUCACAGCAGCUUCAGGGAAGUGUACCUCAUAUGGCACCUGGGCACGGGGCACCACUAAGCCAAAGUGUUGUUCCUAACAGUAUGCAAGACUAUGUACAUCAGCAAGUAAUGCAAGUUUCUGGUCCAAGUGGUAGAACAGUCGUAUCAUCUGCUGCCCAGCAUUUAAGUGUACAGGGCCAGAUACAGCCCCUUGGAGCACAAACUGUACUGGCUACACCUCAACCCAGUAUGCAUACCCAAGGUUCUGCACCAUUGGCUACUCCUCAGCCUAGUGUGCAUACCCAAGGUGUUGCACCUCUGGCUACAUCUCAGCCUGUAAUGCAUGCUCAGGGUGCUGCACAACUGGCUACACCCCAGCCUGCUUUGCAUGCUCAAGGUUCUGUAGCUGGCAGUGGUGGUAGCCAGAUUAGAACAGUGAGUCAGACAGGAAGCUUGCCUGCUGUUGUGCCACAGCCAUCUGUGAACCAGCCCACUUCUACGGUUCUGCAGCCAAAUGUUUCAUUGACUUCUGUAGCGCCUCCUAUUAUGCAGCCUUCACAGCCUGGGAUUAUUCAACAAGGGAUUCCUCAUGGAACCUCUGUCCUCACUCCAGCAUCAGUCUUGCCACCACAGACUUCAACAUUGCCCCCACAAACACAAAUGGUUGACUCUGCGGUGCUUUUUCAGGGGAUGAACCAACAGAAACCAUUAAGUCCUGUACCACCUGGUGCAAGUGUUGUCCAUCUAACUUCGAGUGUGCCUCCUAGUUUGUCUGCUGCCACGUCAUCGGUGGUUCCAUCUCAGAGUACUGUGCCAGUUUCUGUUGUCCAGGAUAGUAGUUUGAUGCAGAGUGUUGGACAACCAAGUAUGAUUCCAACUACAAACAUUUCUCUACCACAGCAAAUGGCAUCACAGAGUUCUCCAUAUCCAACUUCAGUCUCUGCUCAACCUGUGUUAAGCCAGGGGGGAGAUGCCAGGCACAGUGUGAGUAGUCAAAUCAUUGGUGCAGCUCAGAUCCCAUUUGUUGAAGGACUUCCCAGUGGUGUUGGACAGGAAGCAAGUAGCAGUACUCAAGAAGUUUCAUCUACCCUUUUGCCUGUCAAGACAUUGCCUCCAUCUGGAAAUGUGGAUGGUGAAGAAGACAGUGCCUCUGGUGCAAGUGUGGUAGCCAUAGACAACAAAAUCGAACAAGCCAUGGAUCUUGUGAAAAGUCACCUAAUGUACGCUGUAAGGGAAGAAGUAGAAGUGCUGAAAGAGCAAAUAAAGGAGCUCCUUGAGAAGAACUCACAGCUGGAGCAUGAAAACAACCUACUAAAAACUCUUGCAAGCCCUGAGCAGCUUGCACAGUUCCAAGCACAGAUUCAAAAUGUGUCUCCUCCUGCCUCCACACAGACUGUAGGAGCAACACAACCCACAUCACAGAGUUCAGGGCCAUCAGUGUAAGAGACUGCACUUUUCUAGCUUGAUUAUGAAAAGUAACAGAAAGGGGUCAUCCUCUGCAACAUUCAGAGCCAAGCAUUUCAAUUUUGCACACUUAAGAAUGCAGACCAGCCUUGUGAUUGUGAUUUUGUAAGGAGGUGUCUUCUGUGUUAGACUGCCUUUUGACUGAAAGGAAUCAUUCAGGAAUGGAGACUCUAACUUUGCUUUCUGCAGGGUUUCACUCUAGUAUUGAUGGAAAUGUGACAUCUGAAUGCCAGUUUAGUUAUUUUGGAGCUCCAUGCUUGCUUUCUCUUUUUAAAUUCUACAAGGCUGCAAGUGAUGCAGGCAUUUUCCGUAUGGCAAUGUGAAGGAGUGGUCUAGGUGAAUGGCAGUCAGGAUUCUGACCCUGUCCCUUUAACAGACUGAGAGAAGUAGAAGCAAGUUUGUUCCAAGGGGGCUUCUGACAAAAAAAAAUGAAGGCUUUGGGGUAUUUAUAGAAAAUGGGUUUUCCAGUAUUUAACUUGAAUACAGUCACCUUAGUCCUUAAAAGUGGCAAACGUUUGUUUACACUGCUUUGUUUUUUUUCUGUAUUUUUAUUUUAUUAUUAUUUUUUUUUUUGUAUAAAGCGGUCGAGAGAUGCAGAGAAAAGUUAAUGGUUGGUAAUAGGUGAUCAUGCUGUUUGGACCUUGAAAGAAAUGAAGGUGGGUUUACCUUGUGUAUAUUUAUGUAUGUAGUGUAAAAGUAUUUUGUAAAAUAGAGAACUGUAACUAUUUAGGUUGUACAGACUGAAAAUUUAGCUGUUUCAUUGAUCUGAAUAUGUUCGAAUAUUUUUUUUUAUGCUGUUUGAAAAUAAUGCAUCUACACAGCAUUCAGAGACUUGACAGUAAUGCUCUAGUUUUCAUGUUUUUUUUUUUUUUUUUUUUUUUUCUGGUUGCUAACUAUUCUGAAGUAAACUGGUCCUAGCAGCAGCUGUUUGUGAAAUUCAAUAAUGUGGAACUCUUUAAACACUCCAUUUGUAGGCCACUGCUAACAAGCUCUCUUCUGGUAUGAAUUUUGCCUAUUAUCAUAUCGUAAUACGCUUAUGUUCUGUGCAUGUUUCUUGAAACAGCUGUAACACAAUUGUAUUUGACUGUUGCACUUGUCAACUUUCAAUAAAAGCUCUCACAUUGGUAAAUGGA